AUGGAAGUUAAAAAUGAGGUUGAGAAAAGGGAAAAUGAUAUGGAUGCAUAUGUAGCAAAUCAUACAAAAGAUAAUGUUGUCACAUUUAUUGUUGUCAGUUUAGUGGUAGUUCAUAUUGACAAAGAUGAUGAUGAAGAAGAAGAACAUGAAGAGCAUCACCAACACCCACAUCACAGAAGAAGAAUUGAAGAGGAAAAAAAAGAAAUUGAUAAAAGUGGCAAUUAUGCAAAAGAUGAAAUAUUUUGA